CUGAGAGACACCCACAGGAAGAGACAGGCAGGCAGAGAGAGAGAGACCCAUCUAGGAGGAUACAAAGAGACACCCACAGGAAAAGGCAGACGGGGGAUAAAAAGAGAGAGUAAGAAACAGUAAAACAUACAUUUCCUCAGACAGUGAGACACCCACAGGUAAAGACAGACAGCUGAUUGAGAGACACACAGAAAGAGACAGGUCAUAAAUCAGAGAAUAGAGAUAGAGAGCACCAAGAACAGAGAGAAUCCAACAGAAAAAGACUUGAUUCAGAAUAGAUCAAUGUUAUAAAUAAUAAUAAUAUGCUCAGUAAUGUGAAGACAUAGAGAUAAAUUGCACAGAAAGUGAUAAACUUCUCUGUGAAAAAACUACAGAGACAUUGUCAGAGCUUGAAAAGAAUUCUGCAGGUAAUGUGUGGCACCUCCCCUCCCCCACCCUGUGUCUGGAGUGAGUGGCAUCACUCUCUCUCUCUUCCCCCCACCCUGUGUCUGGAGUGAGUGGCAUCACCCUCUCUCUCUCCCCCUCCCCCCUGUGUCUUAAAUGAGUGGCAUCACCUCUCUCUCUCUCUCUCUCUCUCUCUCUCCACCCUGUGUCUUAAGUGGUGGCAUCCACCCCACACACACACACAGUGUCUGUAGAGAGUGGCAUCACCCCACAACCCUAGUGUCUGUAGUGGGUGGCAUCACCACCCACACAGUGUCUUUAGUGAGUGGCAUCACACCCCUCAACCCAGUGUCUGUAGUGAAUGGCAUCACCACCCACACAGUGUCUUUAGUGAGUGGUAUCACCCCCCCCAACCCAGUGUCUGUAGUGAGUGGCAUCACAACCCCCCAACCCAGUGUCUGUAGUGAGCAUGGCAUCACCACCCAGUGUCUGUAGUGAGUGGCAUCCAACCCCCCAACCCAGUGUCUGCAUAGUGAGUGGCAUCACACCUUGUCUGGAGUGAGUGGCAUCACCACCACCAACCCACUGUCUGCAGUGAGUGGCAUCACAGUGUCUGUAGUGCGUGGCAUCAUACAGUGUCUGGAGUGAGUGGCAUCACCACCACCAACCCACGGUCUGCAGUGAGUGGCAUCACAGUGUCUGUAGUGCGUGGCAUCAUACAGUGUCUGGAGUGAGUGGCAUCACCCCCACCUCUCAACCCAGUGCCUGGAGUAGUGAUGGCACCUCCACUCCCUUCCAAACCUGUAUCAAUAGCACGCAUCUCAGACUCUGCGUGCCCCGGCACCUCAUGUUGGAAAACUACCACAGCUAUGGUUAUCAUGUUUCAUUCAAAAAUCUCGACAUUGCAAGCCAGUUUGAGCAGUGUCCCCAUCAACCCACUGUUCCUAUAACAUAUUGUAAUUGUCUCAUUUAUUGUUUGUUUGUUUUUCCUCCUUCUAUAAAAUUGUAAAGCGCUGCAAAAUAGGUUGGCGCUAAAUAAAUGAUGAUAAAUAUAAUAAUUCAUUCAGGGAGUUGUAGGCCACAACUGGUCUGUAGUGUGACAUCUCUUCCUCUGCAGUGUCUAUGGUGUGUGACCUCUAUCCUGCACAGUGCUGUAAAUCGCAUGUGACUUCUCCCCUACUCGAUGCUGUCUUUGGUGUGUGACAUUGGUGUGUGUGACUUCUCCCCAGCACAGUGUCUGUGGUGUGUGACAUUUCAUUCCUACUCUCCAGUGUCAUUGAUGUGUGUACCCUCCCCUCAACAGUGACUGUAAAGUGUAGAACCCCUUCCCCAUCAACCAUAACAUUUUCAUUCUGCAUUUAUUGUAUUCGGAAAUCCAGAGAAUGAAACCUCCGCAUACAUGAUGAACUGCUUAUAGACCGAACGUUUAGUAAACAUACAUUCAUCUAGAUAACAGCAAAGCGCUUAUAAUAAUAAUUUUGAAACAAACAAAAAAAAUCAACUUUGACCCAAAUUACCUGCAGCGUCCUCCAAAAUUGUUUAAUAUGACAGAUCCCAAACAAUUUUGAAAAACAAAGGGAAAAAAAACAAAAAUCAAACUCUAAUCCGCUUCCCCACCUCCCCCCCCUGUAGAUUGAUGUUAAAAUACAGGCACAUGUUACCAUAAAAUAGACUAUAACCGCAGUAUUAUGGUGGUGAGACUGCUCAGUGCAUAGAGCUGUAGUUGCAAUAUCUCAGAGUCACAAGUUCCCAAUAAACAUUUUAUUUUUCUCAAAUGAGAUAAAAUGAGUGACAUUAAUAAUAUCUAACUUCCAAGAUGAGAAGCUGUCUGUGAUGACACUGAACAUGAAUUUUCAAUGGUUUUCAAAUAGCUCUGUCUGUCUGUGUGUUUUAUGAAUACAUAUCAUCAUUGUCAGACAAAAGGGACAGCAUCUAUGUAGUAAAACCACAACAUGGAUGUAGUGGUGUUGGUGGUUAGAGUCUCACCGUAAAUAAUUAAUGAAAGUACGUUGGCAAAAAUCUGAUGUGUUUAAAUAUAAUAUAAAAUAUAUAUAUAUAUACCUGUGUGUAUGUAUGUAUAUGUACGUGUGUGUGUGUGUAUAUAUAAUAUAUAUAUAUAUUGUAUUCUUCCUUUGGGUUGUUAGGAGACAACAAUGUAACUAUUUAAGAACUAUUGACUUAAUUUUGUCAUAGUGGACAUGUGUUGCUUAAACCAGAAGUGUAUAUAUAAAUUAAAGGGACACUAUAGUCACCUGAACAACUUUAGCUUAAUGAAGCAGUUUUGGUGUAUAGAACAUGCCCCUGCAGCCUCACUGCUCAAUCCUCUGCCAUUUAGGAGUUAAAUCCCUUUGUUUAUCAACCCUAGUCACACCUCCCUGCAUGUGACUUGCACAGCCUUCCAUAAACACUUCCUGUAAAGAGAGCCCUAUUUAGGCUUUCUUUAUUGCAAGUUCUGUUAAAUUAAGAUUUUCUUAUCCCCUGCUAUGUUAAUAGCUUGCUAGACCCUGCAAGAGCCUCCUGUAUGUGAUUAAAGUUCAAUUUAGAGAUUGAGAUACAAUUAUUUAAGGUAAAUUACAUCUGUUUGAAAGUGAAACCAGUUUUUUUUUUCAUGCAGGCUCUGUCAAUCAUAGCCAGGGGAGGUGUGGCUAGGGCUGCAUAAACAGAAACAAAGUGAUUUAACUCCUAAAUGACAGUGAAUUGAGAAGUGAAAUUGCAGGGGAAUGAUCUAUACACUAAAACUGCUUUAUUUAGCUAAAGUAAUUUAGGUGACUAUAGUGUUCCUUUAAGUACUUAAAUUAGUACAGACAUUCUUCUAGCAAGAACAAAGAAAUGAAGAAUGUUCUGUAAUAUAUAAAUAACAGCCUAAGCUUUGUGCUGGUGGAUGGUGGAAGAAGUCCUCUGUCUUUGUCUCCCUGCAGAGAGAGUACACUCACCAUUAAACCCUAUCUCCUACUAGAGGUUCCUUCCCAGUGUGUGUACAUUGAAUGCUAUUGGUAUAAAUGGCACAAAACCAAUAUCUAGGGUUAUCCACUAUUGUGUACAUAUUAUAAAUGUUUAAUUGUCUAUGCUUUUCAGGUAGCAACCAUGGCAAUGCGUGGACUGGUUGACACGGAAUGCGGAGGUGCCAAUCCACUCAUGAAACUGACUGGCCACUUCACUCAAGACAAAGGCCUGCGGGAUGAAGGUUUGCAGCACGUGGCCUGGCCACAAGGAGCGACUGCUGUAAGUGACUCUGAUAUAUAGCUGCAUUAGUUUAUAGUGUCUGCGUCUCAUUAUUGCUAUGAGUUUGUGUCGACCAGCAAUGGACUGACUGGCAAAAUCCCCAUAUUAACUUGUGGUCUUUUAUUUAUCCACUUAGAUCUCAAAGCCUCUUGGUGAAGCCACGGAAGAUGAGGUAUGGAACUGUCACUAGCUUUAUUUAAUUUUUUUUUUUAUUGAUAUAUUUUUUUUUUUUAUAUACGUUUUUUUUCAUAUAGGUAACAAAAAAAAAAAAUAGUUUUCUAUCCGAUCUCUUGUUACAUUAAAUACUAUUCAAUGUUCAGUUUUGUCUAAAAUUACAUUGUGUACAAGUUACAUACGACACUUAUUGCAUGUUCAGUGUACCAUAUUAUUGUUCACUACGUGUGUGUGUGUGUGUGUAUAUAUGUAUGUAUGUGUGUAUAUAUGUAUGUGUAUGUAUGUAUGUGUAUAUAUAUAUAUAUAUAUAUAUAUAUAUAUAUAAACUCCAAUAUCUUACGGCACUCACCCUUAAAUUUUUUGUGCCUUGGUGCUACCAGCGUAUAGCGUAUAAAAUAUUUAAGUAAAAGAUGGAGAGGUGCACUCACUUUUCUUCUUUCAAACAUGAAGUUUAUUCAAUUAUUUCAAAGUUGUCCCUAAUAUAUAUAUAUAUAUUACACAGCACUGUACAAUGUGUAAAUGCUAAAUACAUAUGAAAUAUGAUUUAUUUUUUUGGUGAAUGGGAACUUGAUGUGACACGUGCCUUGUGGUUCUUAACAUUUUAUGAGGUGUAACACAUUAAUAAUGCCUUGUGCUUUUUAUUGCCCACAUUGAGAAACUGAUAUUUUGGUAAAGUCUGGGAAAGCAUAUAUGACUUAGCUGUCUGUAUAAGGUUUGGAAAUAUUCAUAAUGACCUCCUUUAGAUAAUAAAAAUCCAGUUUUCUCUUGGAUAGGAUCUACUCAUCCUGUGUCCUCGCAGUCUCUCAUGUCCUUCUGUCUCUUAGCUUGUGUCAGAGUUCCUACAGUCUCGUGCUCCCUUGCUGCACUCGCGUGCUCCUCACACCUUUAAGAUGGAUGGUCUUUUAGCAGAAAUGCAACAGAUCGAGCAGAGCAGCUACCGACCUGAGCCCCUGAGAGGUAAGUGAACCCUAAUGGUCUAGGUUUCGGAGUGGGGAGGAGAACACUCAUUUGUGUGCUAGGAGUAAUACAAUGUUGAAGACCAAGCAAUGUGGAGUUGUCAGUUUGAUGGACUUCCAAGAGGAAGUUUAUCAUUUUUAUUUUAACAGCAACAUAUAUUAACAUGGCACUGUCAAUUAUGGGGUCUUUUGCAAAAAUUGCAAAGUCUGCACAAAAUGACUUGUUUGCUUAGGUGGAGGUGGUUGAGGAAGGUGAACAGUUAGAAAAAUAAACUUACCUUAAGUUCUCCCUCUUUGCUUGCUGUCAGUUUCUUGCCUUCAUACUCCUUUGGCUGCUGGCAACUCCAUCCGUUAGGUGCUAUUAUCACUAUUGUACGUUUGUGCGGAUGUAGAUGUAAAACACUGGGUCUCUGGAGGAUCCAGCAAGACUAUGAGACCUUCCAUAAAUAGUCAUGCACAGUAAGGUGUCACAAGCAUUUAUUGCACAUUGCACAAGUUGAAGCCUGGUCCCAUCAGUUGGAAUGACCGAUAGAAAUAUUUUUGGCCGUGACGGAGACUAAAAGUUUUGUGGAUGAGUGAGGUAAUGCCAUGCUAAAGGCCAAGGUGUGAAAGAUGGAGCCUUUGAAUUUGUCGUUUUUCUAGCUCCAGGUGUUGCUGAUCUGGCACUUUCUGAGCAUUGGACGGAUGAGUUCCUUGGGCCACAGGCUGAUCCCACGGAGGAAGAAGAUUGGAGUAGAGAAUUCACGGAGCAGGCAGGUGAGAUUGAUUGGUUCUCAAACAUCACCUAAUGGCAAUACAACAUUUUAAAUAUUUGUACUCUCCCUUUACCAUGUAACACUCUUUGCUCGUCCCUCUCAUUGCACAGACCCACAGUCUUCCCCAUCCCGCUGGGCUGAGGAAUAUUUACAACAGUCAGAAGAAAAGCUUUGGUUGGGAGAGAAUGAGGGAACAAUGGCAGAGAAAUGGUGAGGCUCUUACUGUGUAAGGUGCAUGUCUGCCAUGUUUAAUCCUGUUCCCUUUAAUUUACCCUUCAUUCUUCUCUCCUCCUCUCUAGGUCAGAGGAAUAUCAACCAGAUCAUGAAUUACAGAGAGAAGCUAAAUCUCUUCUUUCCCAAGUGACUGACCCCAAACUGGCCAACAGUCAGGUACACUGGGAGUCAUGGGUGUAUGAUGGAGUCUGUAUUACUCAUAUACAUGUUCUAUCUUACACAUGCGUUAUCUGUAUCUUGGAAGUUGGUAUUUUGUGGGGUUUUUUUUUUGGUUUUUUUUAAACACAUUUUUUUAAUGCUAUCAUUAUUGUUGACACUCGAUUUUCUAUUAGAUAUGUUCUCUGCUGUAAACAUGUUCUCUCCAAAGCAUUGAUUGCCUUCCCUGCCUUUUCCUUGUCUCUCAGUUUCUGCAGUUUGUGAGGAAGAUAGGGGACGGAGAACUGUCUCUCGACCAAGCUCAAGGCUCUCUUUCUCAGACGGACUCUCAGGCAGAGCAGUGGUCAGAGCAGUUUGUACAAGAGCAGGUAGUGGCAUAGGGGAAGGGGAAAAAAGUAUUUAAAAUAGACCGUCCUCCAUCUUUCUCCAUCACUCCUUAUCCUUUCAUUUCUUAUUGCAUUGUUCACAUUUUCCCUCUUUCACAUUAAGUAGUCCUUUUCUUUUCUUUAUCUUCUCAAAGUCUAUUUCUUUAAUGUGAUGUCUCUUCUCACCAAACCAUCUCUCUCGCAGGCUGUUUCUGAGCAGUGGGUUGAUCAGUUUGCUCCCCUGGAGAAGGAAUUUGAGACAGCCAAGUCUGCAGUAGAGGUAUGAGAGUGUUCAAGGUGUGAGAGUUACUGUAAUGCAUUCUGUGCCUUCAGAGAGAAAAUUCUUGAUUCCAUUCCAUUUUGGUGGGUUUGUAGUGUUGGGGUUUGGAUACAAUUACACAUGGUGAGUGCAGCCUCAGUAGUGAGUGAUGUAGAGGAUGCGCUGAUGUGUGGGUGAGCAAAUUAUUAAAGGGACACUAUAGUCACCAAAACAACUUUAGCCUGCUGAAGCAGUUUUGGUGUAUCGAUCAUACCCCAUGCAAUCUCACUGCUCAAUUCAAUGCCAUUUACGAGUUAAUUACCUUUGUUUAUGAGCCCUAGUCACACCUCCCUGGAUGUGUCUUGCACAGACUUCAUAAACACUUCCUGUAAAGGGUCAUCUAAUGUUUACCCUUCCUUUAUUGCACAGUCUGAUUAAUUUAGAAUUUCUUAUCUCCUGCUCUGUUAAUAACGUGCUAGGCCCUGUAAGGUGCCUUUGGGGGUGUGUGUGAUUAAAGUUCUAUUUACAGAGCAGGCGAUAAAAACUUCUAAACUAAGUUAACAUAUGAUUGAAAAUGAAGCCAGUUUUUCAUGCAGGCUGUGUCAGUCCGAGCUAGGAGAGGUGUGGCUAGGGCUGCAUUAACAGAAACAAAAGUGAUUUAACUCCUAAAUGGAACAGUGAGACUUCAGAGGCACAAUCUAUACACCAAAACUGCUUCAUUAAGCUAAAGUUGUUUUGGUGACUAGUAACCCUUUAGGGUGGAGCAGUCCAAGAGAAGGAUGAGUGAUCGAGUGUUCUAAUCGAGGUACUGGAUUCUUUUUUUUAAAUUUUUUUUUAAUUCUUAUUAUUGAGCAUUGCAUGCCACAACAGCGGUAAUGAAAAACAUGGAAUAACAAAUAUUACCAGUGUUGUAUAGCGUUCUCAUUAACAGGAUUUUUUUAGUAUUAAAAGAAAACAGGCUUGGCGAACAUGUCUGGAAUGAUAAUGACUGGGAUGAUAAUGAGUGAGAUCAUAAGCAGAAUUAGGUAGACAUGUAUUCAGAGUACAAUAGCUUAUUAGUAGACCCUAUAAAGCAUGGUAUAGGCUGGGUAUUGUAAAGAGUAUAACUAAAUAGAGAACAGUAUAACAUGUCGUAUAGCUGAAUCAAAGAGUAAGAGCACUGGGCCUAAGAGUAUGCUGCUGCCUAACUUGAUUAAAAUAUAAGCAAGCUAAUGUGGCUAGAAUUGUGAGACCAAAAAGGCAUGAGAUACUGGAUAGCGUCCACCCUCCAUUGAGGAGAGUGAAGUUCUGGCAGUAGGCUUGCUGAGGUAUUGGAUCUAAGUUGGUGCUGCUAACUUUGUUUUGGGUCUGCUAACAGGCAGAUGUGGAUUUUUGGGACAAGCUACAAGAAGAGUGGGAGGAAAUGACGAAGAGAGAUGCAGAAGCUCAUCCUUGGCUCUCGGACUUUCAGGAUUUGUCUUCCAAAUCCUAUGACAAGGUGAUUUCCCCCCCACACCUCCCCCUCUCUUCAGUGUGUUACUGUUGUAAUAAUCAAAUAACCACCAGGUUCAGCGAAAAGUUUUAUUGAUUGUGCAAAGCAACUGUGAUCACAGUGAGACCUUAGCAAAAUGUAGCAUGGUAAUAACAAAGAUAUUUAUUCGUUAUCAAAUGGGGAAACGGAACAUGAGCCAUCUCCUAGCAUGGUUGUUGUUCUUACAGUUUAAGUUUACGUUACCGUUAAGAUAUAUAUACUCUCUCCUGGACAUAUGCCUUUGCUACAAGUGAACAAGUAAGUUUAGAGAUUUAACCCCUUCAGGUCUAUUCCUGACGUUUAGACUAAGUAAUGCCUAGGUUAACAUGGUCUGCUCGUUCUUCAGUACCCUAUCCCCUCCUGAGGCUACUACUAUAGACUCAAUGUACAUUAAAAACCACCAAAUCUACACCUGUCCCUGGAUCUGCUAACACUCCCUCUCUCUCUAGCUAACCCUGCGAUAAGGAAAAACUGUUGCUACACAAUAGUUCAGCAUAGUUCAUAAAAAGGAAAAAUACGUCUUUUAAAAAAAAAAAAAAAGUAGAAAAGAAAAUAGUUUGUACUGCAUUGAUUAUAAAAUGGCUGAUAGUAGCAAGAUGGCUGUUUCCACAUGUUAUUACUGUUUUGUCUUUGUAUUCUCUUCGUUCAGUGCAUGUCCCUUUUUAUUUUAAGAUAGACUGUUACUAUAAACACACACAUUGUUUGUUCUGCCAACAUCCCUCUCUAUUUCCGUAGGGCUAUGUUUUUGAGUCUGAUAAUCCUUUUUCCGACGAGCAACGCCCAUUUGAAGAGGGUUUGAAACGCCUGCAAGAGGGAGACCUGCCCAGUGCUGUGAGACUGUUUGAAACUGCUGUGCAGAGAGAUCCGCAGCAUAUGGAGGUAGAUAAUACACCAUGCAAAAAGUGUGUCUUCUUUUCACGUGGUUAUCUUCCAAUAAGACUUUAUUAGUGAAAUAUAUGUACGGGUCAUAUGUCAUAUCUAUCCUAAAGGUAUAUGCAUAAACUCAAAGUCACACAAUUUUGGAAACCCAUCCAGAUCCUGUGUACACAAUGAGACGAUCUAAGUUUACGUUGAUGUUGGGUGUAUAGUAGUAAUUACAGUAUUUCAGUCAAUUUGCCGAGGUACAAUAGAACAAAAUCUACCGCUACCUGCAAGUAGCCCCAUAGAAAAUGCAAUCACAGUGAUACAAAACGAGUGAUUGUGGCAGAAAGGAAUGGAUGUAUUUUGUGUUCUUACAGGUCCUGCUCCACCAUAAACGAUGGAGCCAUGUGAGAUUUGUGCCUUAAGCACUUUGGGAAGCUCACGUGAAAGCAGUGAGAUUCCUUUCUGUUCUAAUGCGGAGUUUGUGGAAUGGGUUGGAGUUGCUUGGUAAUAGGUUCCACUCUUUUACCGUUCUAUCCCUGCUUUCAAAAGGCUUGGCAGUAUCUCGGCACCACUCAGGCAGAGAAUGAACAGGAACUGGCAGCAAUCAGUGCUCUGCGAAGGUAAGGAACUUUACACCAUAACACCACUCAGCUUCUCAUGACCAGCCUACCUGUCUUUUUUUUUUUAACAUUCUUUUCUAUUUCUCAGAUCUAGUUAUCACACUCUCUAAAUUCACUUCUGCUAAUAUGUCUGACUGUCUCUGUUUGCCUCUCUGUUUUCUUAUUUGCUUGUCUGUCUACGUACAGCUGUCUCUUUUUGCCGAUCUCUCAGCUCAACCAGUUACUACCUAUUUGUUUGCCUGUCUGAGUCUGUACAUUCCUCUGCUUCAAUGUCUGUCUCAUUCUGCCUCUCUCUGAUUCUAAUUCUUUCUGUUGCCUGACCCUUUUUUUUAUCGGUUAACACAGUUGUCACAUUCUGACAGUCUCUCUGAAUGCCUGUCUGUUUAGGUGUCUCGAGCUGAAGCCAGAUAAUCUGAGCGCCCUAAUGGCUCUUGCAGUAAGUUUCACCAAUGAGUGUCUCCAGCAGCAAGCAUGUCAGACACUGCGGGACUGGAUGCAGCACAACCCAAAAUACAGCCAUCUGGUGCCGGAGGAGAGUGCCAGCAAAGACACACAAAGGUCACGGACAUUUGGAACCUUGCUUUCUGAGUGAGUGUAUGGGUAAAGAAGAAAACUAGAACCCUUUACACUUUCGUGGGACAAAUAAUGCUAAUAAAUUAUAGUAUCAUCCCACUGGGUAUCCUCGGAAUAUGGAGUCUAGGAGCAAACAGAGAUAAGGGGGAAAGACUGAGUAGGACGCUGAGAGUGUUUGAAACAUUGAGAAUAGAGGGGAUUUGAGGAGAAUUUGGACUGGGUGGAUAGGGAGACUUGUUGAUAGAUAUGUGUGUGAUUGGAAACUAAUGGAGGGAGGUUUGAGAAUUUGUAGGGGUUUUGGGGGACUGGAGCUUAUAAAGAAACUGGAGUGGGAGAGUUUGAGAGCAUGGUGAUCUAGAGGGACAAAGACGAGUAUAUAGUCUGUGGGGACUUCACAGGACACAUGAAGUGUUUUAGACUGUGGGUUUAUGGAGAAAAAGAUAAAAUGUAAGCAUGACAUGGCAGAUUGGGGCAACGAUUGUCCAUGUCUACUCAUCAGUAAAUCAACUUAUUUUGUUUCCAGUUCUUUGUUUUCAGAGGUGAGGGAGCUGUUCCUGUCUGCCGUGCGUUCUGACCCGACCCAAGUGGAUCCUGAUGUGCAGUGUGGACUUGGCGUGCUGUUCAAUCUUAGUGGGGAAUAUCAAAAGGCCGUGGACUGUUUCACUGCUGCUCUAAGCCAGAAACCAGAUGUGAGUGGUGUGUGGGUCAAUAAACCAAAUACUUGAGGAGUAAAGAUACGUUUUAGUUAGAAAUUGAGUCAGGUGUAAAUAAUCGAUUUUAGUGAAGUCUGUGAUUUGGGUAGGUCAAGCUGUUUUGUUAGUUGACGUGAGGUGGGAUUAGGGUUAAAAUAUUUUAUUAGAUGGAUAUGGGAUGGUUGCAGUAAAGAGGCUGAGGUAGUUUAAUUAGGAAUAUAGAAGUCUUGGAGGUAAGACAAAGGAAUGACAAAGAUGAAGUUAGAUUGGAGCUGGGUGCAAGCUGAGUUGAGCACACUAAAAAAAAAAAAAUUAAGAGGGUGAAGGUUUAGAGCAUGGGUGACCGGCCCGCGGGCGACGCAAGAGUCUGGAGUCCGGAUCAGCAGGGACCAGCAAGCAGGUGAGGAGCAGGGUAAGAGCUUGCUAAUAUUGUUGGGUUUUUUUUUGUUUUUUUUUUGUGAAUGGGUUUGUAAGGGGACAGGGGUCUUUGUAGCAGGGGGUGGGUCUUUGUAGAGGGGGGCAGGAGUUUUUGGAUUGGGGUUGCAGAGGGUUUGUAUGGGGUGGACGCUCCCAGAGCAAGUUAGGCAGACCUCUUUUGUAUUAAGUGUGUGUGUGUGAUUUUUUUUGUGUGUGUAUGUUUUGACAUGUUUGUGAUUAUGUGUGUGUAUAUCUGUGAUUGUGUGUGUGAUUUUAUGUGUGUGGAUCUGUGAUUGUGGGUGUAUAAGUCUGUGAUUGUGUGGGGGUCUGUGAUUGUUGGUGUAUGUAUGUUGUGUGUGGAGUGUGAUUGUGUGUGUGUAUGUUUGUCACUGUGUGUAUAGGUAUGUGAUUUUAUGUGUGUGUGGGUCUGUGAUUUUGUGUGUGUGUGUAUUUGUGAUUGUGCGUAUAGGUCUGUGAUUGUGUGCAUACGUAUACACAUGUGUGUUUAGUAGAUAGCUCCCUAAUUUGAUUUACUUAAAUAUGCCAAUCCCACACAAGGAUAACAAAAAAGCCAGUUAUCUACUAAAUAAUUGAAAUAUUAAAAUUAAGAAAAAGAGCUUUUAAAGAUAUAUUACUUAUAUACAUUAACUAUAUUAUAUAUUUGAUGUGUGGCCCAAGGCAAUUCCUCUGCGUUCAGUGCGGCCCAGGGAAGUCAAAAGGUUGGACACCCGUGGUUUAGAGCAUUCUGAUGUGAAAGGGUUAAAGCUGUGUGCUGGGAAUGGAACAAGUAGUAAAUUGUUCAGAUUGGAGGAGGUUGGAGGAUUAAAGCUGGCUGAUGGUAGUUAGAUUUGCAUUUGGUUUGUACAGAAGAGAGUUGGACACACGGUCACUGAAGAUCAUAUGUUUCUCUUAUCACUCUGGCUGUCUUCACUCACAUUUUCCAUGAUUUCCUUGUAUCUACAGUAAACCUCCUGCCUUUCUAACCUCAAAUUCUAUUAUUCCAUGCCAGACUUGUACCAUGUUAAUUGUAUUUUCCCCUCUGCCAGGACUAUUUAUUGUGGAAUAAGCUGGGUGCCACGCUUGCGAAUGGUAAUGAUAGUGAGGCUGCAGUGGAAGCUUAUCGACGGGCUUUGCAACUGCAGCCUGGGUUCAUCCGCUCUAGAUACAACCUGGGUAUUGCCUGUAUUAACCUGGGGGCACACAGGUGAGUGGAGAGGCAAGUAAAGGCCAAGGCGGCUAAUGGAAGGAAUAGGUAAAAUACUUGCAUUCUUUCUUUUACUGUGACGCUCUCUCAUCUGUAUAGGGAGGCGGUGGAACAUUUUCUCGAGGCUCUCAGCAUGCAGCAGCAAAGUGGUGGAUCGGGAAAUGCUAUGUCUGACAAUAUUUGGAGUACCCUAAGGAUGGCGCUCUCCAUGCUUGGACAGAGUGACCUAUAUUCUGCAGCUGACUCUCGUGAUCUUGCUACCCUACAAACAGCAUUUCCACCCCACUCAUCCAGCACUCAAUGACCAUACCUUGACCCACUGCCGUGUGAGUGCAUGCUGAGAGGUCACUCACAGUGUACUGCAUCUGGGAAAGUAGAAUGCUUAUAAUGCACUGGAUCAUCUCAGUGUUACAGCCCGUGCGGAGCAGAGUAGCACCUCUACAGAGACUCUUGUGGGCUGGUGAUUCUCCCCCAAGUCACCUGUGACCUCACUCCAUUGACUGGUACGGAACUUUAAAAAAAAAAAAAACAGCUUGGUUCUGACUUUAAUUAACGGUUUAAUUUAAUUUAAUUCCCAUCAUUAUGCAAUGAGUGAGAUACUAAUCUGUCAUCUAUGAUGAAAAUAUGAAGAUCUCCCUUGCAUCUCCACCAACUGUUUGCCUCUCUACAUGAAUCUAAGGACGUACAGGUGUGUAUGAUCUGUUGAGGCAGUUUAAUACAUUAGGAAGUUUAAUCCUGCCUCUCCCUUUCAGUUACCAUGCAAAGUAACAUAAAAACAGGUGUAUGCAUAUACUUGGGGUUUGACCCCCUCACCUAUCAUCAUGUACCCCAUGGCAUGUGAGAGCAACACAUUAAGUAUGAUGCUCAGUCUUUGUUUACUACAUGCUGCGGACUCUUAGCAACUUCAUGUAAGCCCUGGUACUAUUUAAAAGAGCAGAAACUCUGACCCGUCCAGUAUCUUUGACAUCCAGAUUGAAAACCAUGUGAGUAGCUUUGACCUCCAGCUCCACAAUCCAGGCAGUGGUACCAUCUUUCAUACACACUACAAGAUCAGAAAAUGAGUCAUUCAGUGUUUGCACUAUUUAUGAAAAUAAAGGGUAGUUUUGCUGCAGUUAUCUGCUCUUUGGGUUGCAGGAAGAUGCAGCCAGCCUGUGUCGCAAAAAAAAGUAUUCUGGAACCGAUCUAUGUAUGUGUUAAGCAGUCCUGCGCGAAGAAUAUGUUCUUUUUUAAUAUUCUGAAUAUUAAUAGGUUACUAUAAACAAUUUGUUUUGGGCAGCACGAAUCCUUGAAGAUCUGAUCAGUCUUACCCAUUUUGUAAUAAAGAAAGGAGGAUUACUUUCUCCCGACAAAAAGAAAAUACUUCAGUGUGAUGAUAAAUAUUGUAUAACAGAAACAACCAUAUAAAACCAACGUAUGUGCAAUAAUAUAGAUGCUCCCACCACAGCCAUCAGCUCUUACAACUUUGAUUGUUCAAUUCAAUUGAUGGAUACAGGAUAUAAAAUAUUUAAUAUCUGCCUGAAGACAAAAUCUGAAUUGUAAACAUGCGGUGGGAAAUAUGUGCCCUGUGCUGAGAAGGGUAUAUUUGACUAUGUGAAUAAUUUCAUGUCUGUAAGGUGAUAAAUUGUACAAUAUUUGUAUUAAUAAAAUGUAUAUGAUCUAGAGUUACAUCAAAAUGGAAGGUCUUAUGUGCUGAAAACUGUAUCCCUGAUGUUUGAUGUAUCAAAUAAUAGAACAUGUUAAUAGGGAUAGGCUGGUUCUGUGUGUACGCUUAAAGGGACACUAUAUAACUCAUUGAAGUGGUCUGGGUGCAGUGUCCCAGGCAGGGCCGGACUGGGGAUACAAAGCAGCCCUGGGAAAAAAAAAUCUAUGCCAGCCCCAUAAGUCAUUGCACCAUAUAUUGUCGCAUGUAAUAUGACUGAGUAAUAUAUAUCAAAUAUAUAUUGCUUUUUCUAAUAUAAAAUAUUGGUCCUUUCAGAGUAAAACUCUUAAUACAGU